UGGUUUCGUCCAAUCAGCUUCCUCCAAAUCGUCUCGCGGUCCUUGUUCAAAAACACCAGAGCUCAGUUGUUGCCGUUAGCAACACGGUGUUAACGGUAGCUGUUAAUAAUCUGCAGAAAGAGACACAAAGGAAGGCUGUAAACGGCAUCCAGCUGUUUUAAUUUCCACAAUGGCAGAAGGAGGAGAUGUGGAGUGGGAGCUGAGCAAAGAAAACAUUCAACCACUGCGGCGGGGCAGAGACGUGUCAGUCUUACAUCAGGCGCUCAGUCAAAAAGAGGAUGGACUCAGCUCUGCCAUCAACCAGCAGAGACAGGCCUUUGAGUCUGAACUGCGAAUGUAUGAAGGAGACGAUCCACUUGACGUUUGGGAUCGGUAUAUUAAGUGGACAGAGCAAACCUUCCCUCAGGGAGGAAAAGAGAGCAACCUCGGCACACUGUUGGAAAGGGUCGUGACCAGAUUCACUGAGGAAAAGAAAUAUCACGACGACUCUCGCUAUGUUGAACUCUGGAUCAAAUUUGCAGAGAACUGCCAGGAGCCCUUGGACAUUUACAGGUACAUGCAGGCGCAGGGAAUAGGCGUGAGACAGGCAUCCCUCUACAUCGCUUGGUCUGAAGAAUAUGAGAAUCAGGGCAACUGUCGCAAAGCAGACCUGGUCUACCAGGAAGGAUUCAAGACGUGUGCGGAGCCGCAUGAUAAGCUCCUGCAGUUUCACAAGGCUUUGCAGGCACGUGUAUCCCGACAAGUGAUGAUGAAUGUGGAGGAGGACGAUAGUGACGACGAGCCUAAACAACCUGAGAGAGUUUUUCUAGCUGACCUCAGACGCAGAGGGAAGAAAAAGGCCAUUGCCCCCAUCAACAGAGUUGGGUCUGCAAUCAGAAGUAUUCCUGGAGGCCUGCAGUCACACGGCGCCCCUGUCCUCGGCAAUGUUUCAAACAGUCGGUUGGUGGUCUUUGACGAGAACAAGGCUCAAAGUGCCGGCCCUUCAGAGCCUAAGUUGGAGUCUUGGGUGGCCCCUCCCACUUCCAGGGCAAAGGAGAACGAGCAGAAUCCCGAAAAAUGGUGUGAUGUCAAGAUCCCCCAAAAGUCCAAAUUCGGACAUACCGUUAUGGCCCCACCGCCUCCCAAACCGGCCUUCCAGCCGUUUGUUGAGGAGUCAGACCAGCCUCCAACAAUGACUCCUUGUAAGAUCAACCCAGCAGUGAACACAGUUUUAUCAGCACGUAAACCCUGUAGAGAGGAAACUCCUCUAAAGAGACUACAGGAGCACCAUCAGCAACAGAAGGAAGCCGAAUCAGGAAAACGACAGGAGCAGAGCAUGUACUGUAAAGAGCUGCUGCUCAGCGGCGCCACUGAAUUCUGCUUUGAGGAACUGCGUGCAGAGCGCUACUUCAAAAAGGUGACCCAGGAGGUCAGAGGUCAAAAGGAUCAAGCUAGUGCUUCAAACUGAUGCAUCUAAGAAGACUGACAAUUUUAUUGCUCUUGCUCUUUCUUUUUUACGGAUUAUUACCUUCAUUUUAUCUGCAAGUAUCAUGUAGUUACUGCUAUGAAUCGUUUGUUAUCCUGCUGUAAAUAUGUUGUUCUUAUAGAUCCAGUUACUCAGAAAGGUAAAAAGACAAAAAGUUUUAAAGCUUUUUAGAAACGCUUUGAACUGAAGACACAAUAUUUUAGUUGUCUUGGAUUCAUUAUAAUACGACGGGGGGACCAAAUAUCGGGAACACUACAGUGUAAUUUAAUCCCAUACAAACAGCAAAAUUUAGAAAAGCGUGGAAUAAACAUUUACACAAUUUCCAUAAACAGACAUAACGUAGGCUUCACAGUAUUUAGAGUUGUAGUAUUUAAAGGGAUAUUUCAGGUGUUUUGAAGUGGGGUUGUAUGAGGUACUUAUCCAUAGUCGGUGUACUACAGUAGAUGACAGUCGGCACGUCCCCAGCUUUGAGAAGCAGACAGAAGUAUGGAAACAAAGUACUGUGGUGGACGGGGCCAGCAGCAAAACGUAUUUUAGCCACCUAAAAGAAAGGCCCACCUAAAAAAAUCAAUAUCAGUUUAAGUGUACGCUAUAUUCAGAAUAUUUUCGCCAGUUUACUUUGCCAGCUAUACAGUCUGUCUCCCACAGGGAACUGAAGCCGUUAUGUAUGCUCUCGCCAAAGCAACCAGACUCCAUUGAGAAGAAAA